AUGGCUACUGCCAGUACAGACGACCGAGCUGAAAUGCAGAAUCUCAAUGCUCUACUGAAAAAGUCUCUUUCGUUUCUAAACUUCAAGCCUGGACCAAGCUCGGCCUUCUUGAUGCCCGGUGUAUCUGCUGCCUCGGCUGAAGCCACUCGUGCUGUGCUCACUGAAAAUACGGAAAAAUAUCAUUGCUUUUUCAAUGACAUGCACUUUCACAAUCAUAUAGCCCAUCAUGUAUUGGCGAUGUAUUCGCUUGGUGCACCGCCAGCCUUGAUCAAGGCCGCUUUCGAGCAUGAAGUCCCAGAACAGAGACCUGCGCUCCCACCAGCAUUAGGUAAAAUAUUUGAUGAGAAAAAUUGGACUAUACACUUGGGGGAUGAUAAAUACUAUCCCAAUUACUUGUCCUUCUUUUCCACCGAGGUAGCUCGGUUAGGCGCCGUGGAUGCGGUAGAUCAUUAUGUCUUUCGCCAAACUGAAGGAGAUAUGUUGAAUCGAUCUUUGGGAGGCGUUUAUCAUCCUAUGAUUCAUUGGGGUUAUGGUCUUGAAUUUUCCAUCGACGGCGUCGUAGCGGAAGGUCUUGCGAUUGCCGCCGUCCAUUCUACCGAAUUGAGCAAAUUGCAGUUCAACCAUUUGAUCAAGAUCUCACAGGAAGUAUCUAGCGUCAUAGGAGAUGACAAUCCGAACAACAAGCCUAACUUUCAAGCUACUGUUCAACAGCUCAGGUUGCAUGAGGUCGCCUCUCGCGCUCGUCGAGCUUCCGAAGGCCUGACCGCAUUCGAGAUCCUCAACAGGGUGGCAAAUGAUCCACAAUUGGAACCGCCACAAAAUCGCCCCUCAGAUCCGAUAGCCUCCCUCGCCGAUACCUGUGAAAAAAAGUCAGAUAAAAUGUUGCAUUGGACUGAUCAGUGGCAUUUCCAGCCUGAAUUGCACUGGAAUGAGAUAGUAAGCAAAACUGAGGAGUUGUGCUGGCUGGCCGUUGCAAUUUACGCCUCCAGUUACCAGGAUGGACCAUCACCAUACCAGCUCGACUUUUUUUUGUUACAUGGCGUCACUUCUUGCAUAUUUCUCCCAACAAUCCUCCAGAACCUAUCCAAAGCAUCUCAAAAGGUGCUGCUAACAAGUUAUUUUCGUUCCGUCAUUGCCCUUUGGAUCUCACGGGGACGUCCACCACUUCACCUUUCGCAAGAAUUGGGAGCUAAAAAUAUGGAUUUACACGAGGUAGACAUUAGCAAAAACUGGCAAGCGAUGAUCUCUAGUGCAAUGACUCAUUCGGAUGAACACACUACGAAAACCAUCCGUACGCUUGCUUGGGCUUCCCAAUUAUUCGGGCGGGCAUCGCAGGGUGUAUACGCCUGUGAAUUACCGGGUUCGGGUGAACUUGAUGGAAGUAUCUUUUAUCGCGCUGCCUUGAAAACCUUGGAUAAACAAGGGUGGAAACGCGAUGCGAGGACUGAAACCCGCGCUUUCUUAUGGUAUUGA